AUGGCUGCCCUCUCUUCAACCACUACCCCGUCCGUUCCACCCCCAGCGCCCGGGGGCGGCGUGGGCCCUUAUAAGGAGCUGAACACGACUGGCUAUUUGCUCGAGAACGAAUUGAAGGGCACCGACAAGUUCGCUGCAGCGACAUACCCUCAUUAUCUGCCAGUGUGGGACAACGAGAAGGGUGAAGUUUACCCUCCUCUCGAACCCUUUGAGCACUACGAGCACGGAAAAGAUGCCGACCCUUCCUUUAAAAACCUGUUGAAGGAGGGAAGCCAUAUUGAGCACAUCACCGCGUCGAUUGGUGCCGAGGUCACUGGUAUCCAACUUUCCCAAUUAGACGACAAGGGCAAGGAUGAGUUGGCUCUGUUGGUGGCGCAGAGAAAGGUCGUCGCCUUCAGAGACCAGGACUUCGCUUCCCUCCCCAUCGAGAAAGCGUUGGACUUCGCACGAUACUUUGGCAGACUGCACAUUCACCCCAUCAGUGGAGCACCAGCGGGAUAUCCUGAAGUCCACCUUGUCCAUCGAGGCGCAGACGACCGAUCCUUCUUGGAAUUCUUGAACAGCCGAACCAACUCUGUCGCCUGGCACAGCGAUGUCACCUACGAGAAUCAACCUCCCGGGACCACAUUUCUGUACGCCCUCGACGUGCCGGGUGCUGGUGGCGACACGCUGUUCGUCAACCAGGCAAAGGCAUAUGAGAGACUUUCUCCCGCUUUCCGCGAGCGUUUAGCUGGUCUUCAGGCGGUUCAUUCGGGAUACGAACAAGCGACCAGCGCCCGGAACAGGGGCAGCAUUGUGCGACGAAACCCCGUCUCAUCCAUCCAUCCUCUCGUGAGAACUCACCCAGCCACCGGAGAGAAGGCUUUGUUUGUCAACCCCCAGUUCACCCGAUACAUUGUCGGCUAUAAACAAGAAGAGAGCGACUACCUCCUCAAGUUCUUAUAUGACCAUAUCGCCAUGAGUCAAGAUUUGCAAUGCCGAGUUAAAUGGCAGCCCAACACUGUUGUCGUCUGGGACAACCGGGUUACAGCACACUCUGCCCUGAUCGACUGGGAGGACGGCCAGCGACGUCACAUUGCCCGCAUCACACCACAGGCCGAGCGCCCCAGGGAGUAG